AACCUGACAGCCUGCGGUCUGCCUCCUCAGAGACAACAAAGCGCCACAAGACUUUAAUGAGACAGAAAAGAGGAGGAAUAUGCCAAAGCGGCGGGACGACUUAAAUCUACUAGACUGAGCACAAGAAUGCAAAAGAGAAGUGUGUCUGUUCCCACAGAUAUAUGUGCGCCGGAGAAGUUUUAUACAUGCGGGACAGUUUCCGUUGUUCGGGACUUUGAGUUGAGUAAUGUCUAAUGGGCAAACUUGGAUAUCUGCUGAUAACAAAAGGGACUGCGGCAAGAAAACGCACUAAGCGAGGAGUUUUUCCUCAUUAGCUCCAGAGAAAGCAGCGGGGCUUCAUCUGAAGGCUACCUGACAGUGAUCUUUGGCAGGCUGACCUGUGAAUCUGCACACUACGACUCCCGGGCGAACCAGAUGCAGAGAGAAAGAUGCAUCUGGGUAAGGCUUUGCUGUUCGUCCUCCUCCUCAACUGCGCGACCUUGAGCUCGUCCCUGUCAACUUGUGCCACCGUGGACAUCGACCACGUGAAAAGGAAGAGGGUCGAGGCGAUACGCGGUCAGAUUCUCAGCAAACUCCGACUGACGAGUCCUCCGCACUCCCUCGGACCGAGCAAAAUCCCGUAUCAGAUCCAAGCAUUGUAUAACAGCACCAAGGAGCUACUGGAGGAGCUCAGGAGGGAUCGGCAGCAGAGUUGCGGUCAGGACAACACGGAGACAGAGUACUAUGCCAAAGAGAUAUACAAAUUCAACAUGGUCUACGGACCGCCAGAAAGCAAUGACCUGCUCUACUGCCCAAAAGGCAUCACCUCCAAGGUUUUCCGCUUCAACGUGUCCGCCAUGGAAAGGAACUCGACCAACCUUUUCAGAGCAGAGUUUCGUGCUCUGAGGAUGCCAAACUCAAGUGCCAAGAGGAAUGAACAGCGGAUUGAGCUCUACCAGAUUGUGAGGCCAAAUGAACACAUUAGGAAACAACGCUACAUUGGGGCCAAGAAUGUGCUGACCAAAGGUACUCGAGAGUGGGUCUCCUUCGAUGUGACUGAAACAGUGCGAGAAUGGCUGUUGAACAGAGGAACUAAUCUGGGUUUGGAAAUCAGUGUGCACUGUCCCUGCCACACCUUUAACCCAAAUGGUGACAUCAUUGACAAUGAGAACGAGGUGCUGGAGGUGAAGUUUAAAGGUGUGGACGGAGAUGAGGAGCACAAACGCUUGGACCUGGAUCACCUGAACAAGAAAAAGGAGCAGUACCUGCCUCACCUUAUCCUCAUGAUGAUCCCACCCCACCGCCUGGACACUCAAUCCACACGCCGACGCAAGAGAGCGCUUGACACAAACUACUGUUUCUCAAACACGGAGGAGAGCUGCUGUGUUCGACGGCUUCACAUCGAUUUCCGGCGUGACUUGGACUGGAAGUGGAUCCAUGAGCCCAGUGGUUACGAUGCUAACUACUGCUCCGGGCCCUGCCCGUACCUGAGGAGCUCAGAUACAACACACAGCUCGCUGCUGAGCCUGUACAACACUCUGAAUCCAGAGGCAUCGGCCUCCCCCUGCUGUGUCCCUCAAGACCUGGAACCCCUCACUAUACUCUACUACUCUGGACGAACCCCCAAAGUGGAGCAGCUCUCCAACAUGAUUGUCAAGUCUUGCAAGUGUAGCUGAGAAGGCAUGAAAGGCGAGGUAGUAUGGCAGGAUCUUACUAGGUACUGACGAAACCCAUGCACGUUGACUCUUGGACUCUUAGCUGUGACAAAUACUUAAACUGACCCUGUGGCCUCGAGGCUUAGAUCUGAACACCACUCUGGAGGUCACACACUUUUAAGGAUGCACAUUUUAAAAACUUGAGGUCAUCUUUUUUUCCCCCUUGUUUUGUUUUUUUUUUAUUUUUUUUCCCUCUCACUCAGUCAGUUCUGGAUGACAAGUAGUUAUUUUCAUGUUAAAAAGGUCCAACCCCAAGCCAAACUUCAUCUUACAAUCAAAGUCUGACCUUGAAAUAUUUCCUUCUAGAUUUGUGAAGUUGGACAACACAUUCCUACAGCUAAUCGCAGAGAGCACUGUACAAAUCUAUCUGUGACAAAAAGAAAUAAUAACUGGGAGCCGCCUCAUAGACAAUGAAUGAAAGAGACUUACUUUUUGGUAUAUUUCCUACAAAUAUUCCACAAAGUUACAGUCUCUACAUUGUCAGUGGAGUAGCUUUUCUGUUACCCUUGGGAUGAUAUUGUUAAUGGUCACUAUUAUAGACUGUGCUCUCCUGAGUGAACUUUAAUUCCCUUCCCUUCAAACAGUGGACAUUAUCUUCAGACACAAAAGGAGAAAGGACAGACUUGCUGCUGUAUCCAAAGCCAUAGCUGUGGUCAGGGAAAAGGAGAGCUGAGAGAAUGCCUGUUGGAUUUGCAAUGGAAAGUGAAUGAACAAAGCCGUUGAGCCAAGCUUUUCUUUUUUUGGCCAGCCAGCAGCAAUG